AUGAAACUUUGGCUUACUGCAUUCUUCUUUGUAAUUUUCGCGCAAUGCGCAGCGAAUGGGGCCAACAUUACCAACAACACACACGCAGUUCGCGCCGACAAAAAUGGUGUGACCGUUGUAUGCAAUCAGUAUAUUGGACAGGGCGCUGAAACUCGCGAGGCUAUCAAGAACCUUGAUGAAAAACUAUCCAAAAAAUUAGACCAGCUAAUUAAACUGCUGCAGCCUUCUCCUACUCCCGGUAAGAACGUUUUUUCCACAGUUCGUUCUGACUCAUAAUGCAGUUUCUUAUUUAUUUUGUCAUGAAACUAAAAAGAUUCUAACCUUACUCAUACUCACUGAAAUGUGAGGAAAUUCAAUUUGACCAGAGACAAAGACAUUUUGCAAUACGCCUUAGAAAGUUUUUGGUUCUUGCCUUUAUAUAUUUUUGGCUGAAUUAGUAGUGCAUACGCAAUUUAAGAAAGCCGACGAUGCGGUAAACUAAAACAUAAAACUUAAUGCUCACGGUAUCAUUGAGAUAGGGUCCUUUCAGUGUCGCCUACAAUAAUGUAAACGUAUUUUAAUCAACGGCCGUCUUGGAUUCAGUUUUAAAUUGUUCCUUGUACGUGGUCUUGAUAUGGCUAAUAUACUUUUCUAACUCUCAAAAGCUACAACGUGCAAGGAGAUUUACGACAAGAAAUUGUACGUAUAUAGAAGAUUUACGAUACACUAUUCCACUUCAUUUUCCGAAACACUUUUCUCCUUUGUAGACACGAAGCUAAGCCAUAAAAUAUUAUCGCCAAAAUCUGCUUUGCUUCAUCAAUCGAAACUUCCAAGGCGCGAGUAUACUGGAAACGACGUGUACUAUUGUGUGUUGAAAAAAAAACGGAGAGAAUUAAGAUUCACAAGAGACAAAUGAUCUACACUUUUUUUUGGCUCAACAGCACAAGGAUUAUAUCAAAUAAUCACGAAAAUCUUUUUACCAAAAACUGAAGUUACUGGGUAAACAUUAGAACAUUAGAUAUACAGACACAUCCUUGACUGAUUCAGAAAUCUCUGACAAUCGCUCGUUAAUAAUUCUAGUAUCGCCACAACACAAUGAUCUGAAAUAUUACAAAACCUGGGCCAGACCCAGCGUGAAAUCAAUAGUUACAGCAGUAAAUUGAUCAUAGUCAAGAUGACAUUUCAGCUCAGACGACGCUUCUACUCACCUCACAAAAAACUAUGGAAAUUAGACCCUUGAAAAGACCACGUAUUGAAAGAAAUAUACCGGAACAAAUAUAAAAUGCUUUCGAUCUGAUCAAAGUUCCGUCUGAACCAAGAAGCAACCACGCAUGGGAAAUCAAUUACCACACGUCGUAGCUUUCAAAGAUAGAGGAUGUCUACUAAAAAAUAUUACAAACGGCAUGAUGCGUCUACUGUCAUUAGGACAUUUAUUGUUUCGAAUAUGAUCACAACAACUAGGUGUGAUAAAUCAUUGACUCCGUAGGCAAAUAGCUGAAAAAUGUCCUCUAAUCUUUUCUUCGAUAUGAAUCCUCUUGAUACUUAUUUCGUCAAUCAGUCCCACAAUCCUGGCAAAUUAACUUUCGUAAACGCGUCGUUCUGAGAAAAAACGACAGCUAUACACAAGCCACGUCGUCCUUUCAAUUUCGACUUGUAAACAAAUCUACCGCGCACGAUCUUGCGAGAAGUCUCGCGAGUUAGUUCCUUGAUUUUAAAAGCUAAACCGUGAUUGGCUAAAAAGGUUUUACGUCACGGAAAAUCGUUUUGUUGCUCGGGUUCGCAGACGCUAUUUUUCGGAGGGAAAGAAGCGCCGACGACCGGAAAUACGUCUGCUGUUCGCAGGCUAUAAGAGUCUAGACUUCAAGAUAGCAAAAACAAAACAGAAUAAAAUUGUGGAAAUGGAAACAUUUCAGGCAUCCCACUGAUGAACAGUCACGACCCAUUAUACAUUUUCAGCAACAAAAAUUUGCUAUCUGUCCCCCUUGAAUUGGUUCUUAAUUUUUGUCGAACAUUUUAAGAUUAAGAUGACAAAGGGCGGGAAUCGAUCCAGUAUUAUGUGUAAAAAUAAACUAAAACACCGAUCACUAGUGUUCCUUGGGAGAAAAAAGCCGCGAAAUAUGAGAACUCAGUGAAUUUACGCUCAAACUGGAAGGAUAGUUAAGUUAGGCGCGACACCAGAAGUUGGCGAAAAAGUAAUAAGACGAGAAAGCAAAACUGACGGUAAAAAACAGUUCUGCCAAUCGAAAAAGUCAAUAAUGACAACGUUAGUCAAAAUUGUCAAAUCAAACCUUGCGAUUCCUUCACAGCUCAUAUGAUGUUUUUGACAAGGCAGAUAAUUUCUUUUCGGAAAUUCUCAAUUACCAUGGCGCCCUUAUAAAGACAGCCUUCUCUAAUCCCAAAUAAGCGAAAUAUCCCAGGAUGAGGUGAACCAAUGAAGUUGUGUGUUUUAUCAGGUCCAAAGGAAACAAAGCGUAUUUGCUUGAUGUUGGAUCCAGAAAGAUUGCCGUAUAUUGUCACAUGACCAAGCAUAUGCUUGAUGCAUGCGGAGGAGGUGGAUGGACGCUGGUCAUGAAGAUCGAUGGCUCAAAGGUAUCAAACGUUAAAUGUUCUCACAAUUAGUUUGAACUGGCACCUUCUAAUUCCUAUUAUAAACGAUAACUUACAAUGCAAUUCAAGAGUCUAAGCAAAGGAAAAAGGAAUUCUAGUACGUGUAGGUUAAAAAAGAGUUAGCGCAAUGAUGCAUCAAUUCACUGUAAGUCAUGAGUACCAGACAAGGUACAAAGAGAAUAAUAUCUGAGGACAAGAUUAGUAAACAACAAAAUGUAACUGUACCAUAUGUGUCGAAUAGAUAAAACAUCAAAGCGAUAGUAAGUUAUAUAAAUGACGUUUCUCUUUUUCAAAUUUACCCAGAAAACCUUUCACUACAAUUCCAAUCUCUGGAGCAACAAAGUGGACUUCAACCUUCCAGGAGGGAAGACUGGGUUGGAUACCCACGAGACCAAGUUACCGACUUAUUGGAACACACCGUUUAACAAGAUCUGUCUUGGAAUGAAGAUCGGUCAGCAGUCCAAGUCUGUUGUCAUCAUCCAUCAAGCCAGAUCCUUGUAUUCACUGAUCGCAGAUGGCAAAUACCGAGCUACUUCAUUGGGCCGUAACACGUGGAAGAAGCUCAUUGGGUCUCGGGCCUCGUUAGAGACCAACUGUAACAAGGAAGGAUUCAACGCAAUUGGUACCGAGAGCAAAGCCUCAAAGGCAAGAAUUGGUUUCAUUGGAAACAACGAAAAUGACUGUAGCAGCUGUGACUCCAGGAUCGGUUUUGGCACUGGAGGGUAUCACGAUGACUCCAACACGUGUGGCAACGAAGCUAUAGCCGCAGAUAAUGGCGACCAGCACAUCAAAGCGAUGGGAUACAUUUUAGUCCAAUAAGGGCCAUAAUACGCAGAAACAGUCUUCAAAAGGGCUUUAAGGCAACUUAGGAACUGUAAAUUGCUGUUAACAAAUAGUUUUAAAGCAGAAUCUAGAAUAAGGGAUUUUGAAAGACAGUAAUAAAAUAAAACCUUUGCGUAAGGCCAUGAACACGGUUUCGCUGAUAAAUCAGUGUGUUUUCCUGAAUAAUUUCGUUUUAAGUAGUUGAUUUCGAUCUUGAAUCAAACAAAGAUCUAUCGUUUUAGCGUGGACGGGCAAAACAAAGGCUUUUCAAAAACGUGAGUCCAUGACAUUGAAAGAGCAAGAAUUAAUAUGUUUUUCUGUAGGAAUGCAACUAGGUAGCAUACAUUGGACAACGGGAACGACCCCAUUUAUAGCCGUGACUGAAAUUCUAGACAAAUAAAGUUAAGUGUUUUUUUUUUAUGGUUAAAAGGAAAAUUUGAGUGACAACCUGGGCGCUUUCAAUUCAACAAACAUUGAAACUCCCACGUGCCCAAAGGAACGGUACAUUCU